GGACACCACACCAGAAAAUAGACACCUCAAACGUCGACAAGGAGAGAACCGAUUGAGUCCGAAUCAAAGAUGUAUAGCUCUCCAUGGCCUUGCGUUAACUGGGCGUAUGGUACGGCGGAGAGGGAGGGGUGGUGGGGCCCGCCGAGCGCGACCAUUGAUUGGUGUGAGGAGAAUUAUGUGAUUUCGUCGUUUAUUGCGGAGUUUAUCAAUACCACUACAAAUCUUGGGUUUAUGGUCCUCGCUCUUUUCCUGAUUGUGAACACCAUCAAGCAAGGUCAUGAAACACGAAUGAUCAUCACGGCACUGGGUUUCAUGCUCGUCGGUCUGGGCUCCUUUCUGUUCCAUGCGUCGCUAUUAUACAAGUACCAGCUCCUCGAUGAGUUACCGAUGGUGUACAGUACAUGCAUUCAAGUCUGGUCAGUAUUCGAAUACGAGACCUCAAAGACCGUCAGUGUCUUGAUCGGCCUAGGAGUCUUCGCAAUUGCUGCGAUCGUUACUUUCGUCUACCUGAUCAUCCUCGACCCAAUGUUCCACCAAGUUGCAUAUGCCGCGCUGUCAGUUGCGGUUCUGGGCCGUAGUAUUUGGCAAAUGUAUAAGGAGGUCAAGCCAGCCAAGUCACGGAAGGAAUUGUUGAGAAUGGUUGUUACUGGAAUCUCUUCUUUUCUUUUUGGAUUCCUUUUGUGGAACAUCGACAAUGAAGCUUGCUCGACGUUGAGGAGUUGGCGCCACGUCGUUGGUAUCCCUUGGGGUUUCUUGCUUGAGCUCCACGGAUGGUGGCACAUCUUCACCGGCCUCGGUGUGUACUACUACAUCGUCUUUCUCGAGUACCUCCGCAUUCACCUCCUCGGCACCCAAGAUCAAUUUGCCUGUAUAUGGAGUAUCGGCGGUAUCAUCCCCCACGUCGACCGCAUCAAGCCAAAGCCAACCAAAUCCACGGCAAACGGCUUCAUUGCCAAUGGCCAUGUAUCAAACGGUCAUGCGAAGGCGAGGACCACACAGUCGGAGACACGGACUCCGCAAACACGGAGUAGGACAAGGAAGGCUUAAGACGGAUGGUUAUGGGUCUCUGACGUUCUCUUUUUGCAUAUGGUAUAGAGCUUGACUCGAGGAGGUUAUGUGCAGCUUGUUUCGUGUGUUCGGCAUU